GUGCUAGUGAAAUUUGUUUAUAACUUUUUAAAAUGGAAUAUAAUUUAUAUGGCGCUAAUCAAUGUCUUAGUUAAAUACAUUUUCGAAUGAUUUUCUAACUGAUUUGCAUUAAAGCAAAUCGAAAUUCUGGCAACCAGCUUGUAACUCGGAGGAAACUCUUGGCAUAUAAUUAACUCCAUGAUAUCAGAGCCGCAUAUUUCAUAAGUUACAUAACCAUAAGCGAAAAUAUUUAAUUAAAAUAUAUAUUUUAUGCGUACUGACAACCUCAAAAUACCCACAAAAAGUCCCCAAAUUAAUAUAAAUGUAUAUCUCCCACGAGAAGGCGUUUGAUAUAGAUUUUAAAGUAAUUUGCAUAAACAGAAAAGAGAUCGCAUAUAAACUAUCAGCUCAUUGACUUUUUAGGCGCUGUCUUGGGACAAACAGAAAAAUAGGUUCGGAACCCGUUUUUUAUAGACUCAUCUAUUUCGUCACAAAGCCUGUCAAAUCUAAAUUCACAAUGAAAAAAGAACAAAAUUUUGCGGUUAGCGAAGAUUAAGUGGCCGGCCAAAUUGUGUUUUUGUUUUUGAGCUGACUAAAAAACGAGUUUCUAUCUUUUGAUUUUUGGGUAAACAUAUGGGGGAAUUCUGCUUAGAUUGUUCUUGAAUUUCAUUAAUACCGAGGCGAUAAACGAUAGGAGCGAUGCCUAUAAAAGCGAAUUCUUGGCCAAGAGCCGUACACAGUUCGAUUUCUCAAUUUGACAAAAACACAAGCAAAAAACAAUAAUAAAUACGUUCAGAAUGCGUGCCGCAAUCUUAUUCGCCGUGAUUCUGGGUGUUCUGCUAUCCCUGGCUUAUGCCCAGGAGCAGGCUGAGGAGCAGGUGCGCACCAAGCGUCAGUUCGGCUUUGGUGGACCCUUUGGCGGCGGCUUUGGCGGACCCUACGGCGGCGGCUUUGGAGGGCCCUAUGGCGGUUUUGGCGGCGGCUAUGGCGGCUAUGGACAUCAUCAUUACCGCGGCGGUUAUGGCGGCUAUGGCGGCUACGGCGGCGGAUUUGGACGUCCUGGCUUUGGUUUCUACGGCUAAAA